CUUUGUUAUUAACAAGGCUCGUCUCAAUACUUCCGAGAAGAGGGCCAGUGAUGGAGGUUGGAACGCGUGCCUUAGACGUGUUACCCCUCCUUCAGGAGCGGGUAGCCUCUCUCACUGGUGGCCGGGAUCGCCGCGGUGGACCUAUUAUUUGGUUCCCUGCCAAUUCAAGGCGGGAUCGAGUUGCUCCAGAUGACUACCGACGUUUGCUACACUAUCUUAUUAGUAUACCUAGUGAUCCUGCUAGAUCUCAUGGUUUUACGAUUCUUAUUGACAUGAGAGGUUCAGCAUGGGCAGCUAUAAAGCCUAUAUUGAAAGUACUUCAAGAACAUUUCUCCUCAUCCGUCCACCAGGCAUUAGUCGUGAAACCUGACAAUUUCUGGCAAAAGCAACGCACAACAAUAGGAGCACAUAAGUACAAGUUUGAGACAACUAUGAUUAGCUUAGAAGCACUUCCUAAAGUUAUAGAUAGUUCACAACUAACACCUGAUUUAGAUGGUACUCUUCAGUAUGAUCACGCGCAAUGGAUAGAUUUGAGACUUGCUUUAGAGGAAUUAAUGUGGCAAGCUGGGGAAUUACUAGAUCGAUUAGACGAUUUACAAGAAGAUGUAGCUCGUGCAGAUUUUGCGGACGAUGUAACCGGCGCAAGAAGGGCCAUAGACGCACACGCUGAUAUCAACAAGCGACUGGCUAAAGUACCCGUCGAUGAAUUAGAAGCACAGGGCGAACGCGUAGUGCAGCGACUGGAAGCGGCGGCGGCGGCGGCGGCGGCUUGUGCGGAGGCGAGCGGCGGCGGCGCGGCCGAGGCGGCUUUCCACUGCGGCUCGCCUGCGGCGCUGCGCGCGCAACUGUCCGCCGUUCGUUCAGCGCACGCGCACGCACACAAACUGUGGCAGCACAAGAAAAUGCAGCUCGACCAGUGCUUCCAGCUGAGGCUCUUCGAACAAGACUGCGAGAAGAUGCUGGAAUGGAUAGUUAAUCAUCGUACUGCAUUUCUGGCGACAUACGUCGAGAUCGGUCGUUCCUGCGCAGCAGCUAAACGUCUUCAAGAAGAACACGCAAGAUUCGCUGCGGCGUGUACUGGCGGAGGACGACCCAGUGUAGCUCGUGUCACAGCUGCUGCUCGUCGUCUUGCUGACAAACGACACUACGCAGAACCGCAGAUCACCGCUCUGGCGCACCGCCUCGAGCGAGCUUACAAGCAACUUUCUGCAGGACUCGAGGAACGGUCCGCGGUGCUGUCGCUGUCGGUGGUGUUCCACCACAAGGCGGAGGCGUACGCGGGCGCGGUCGGCGGCUGGGGCGCGCAGUGCGCGGUGGCGCUCCAGCUGGCGGCGGGCGGGCCGGGCGCGCCGCCCUGCUCCGACCCGCGCGCGCUCGAGCAGCACGCGCAGCGCCACCGCCAGCUCUACGAGCACAUGUGCCAGGCCUACACUGAAGUUCAUUCAACCAGUAAAAAAUUGCUGUACCAACUUGACCAUUUAGUGCAAGUUUGUCAUCAGACUGAUCCUGCUGAUAUGAAUGAGGGUUCAGUGAGCUCUGCGGGUGGUAGUGGCGGCGACCCGGCAGCUGACUACAGUUCUGGCGCCAACCACGUGCUCGCCGUCAUCCACCAGAUACUCGGUCACCAUCGUGCGCUCGAAUCACGCUACCAUCAGGCGCGACUUAAGUUGCACCAACGACUCGCGUUACUGCUGUAUAAAGAGGACUGUAGACAGGUGCUCGACUGGUUAGGUAACCACGGCGAAAAAUUUUUAAUUAAGAACACAGGUAUUGGCAGAAAUCUCCACAAAGCUCGAAUGUAUCAGAAAUCUCAUGAACAUUUUGAAAAUGUUGCACAGAAUACGUAUACGAAUGCCGAGAAGCUACUAUCGGCGGCAGAGGAACUGGCUCGAUCGGGUGAAUGCGAGGCAGAAGAGGUGCUAGGCGUGGCUCGUGAGCUAGAGGCGCACGUGGCAGCAUUCGCCGCGCGUGUAGACCGUCGCAGGCGUCGCCUUGAUCUCGCUGUGCUGCUGUACACUCACGAGAAAGAGCUCCUGCAAUGGCUGGAGACGCUCCGCGGCGGCGGUGGCGGUGGCGGCGCCGGCGGCGGCAGCUCGUCCACGUCGGACGAAAGCCCGGAAGCCGCCCGGCGCGCGCUGGAGCAGUGUGCGCAACACCGCGCCGCCUCGCUCGACGCCUGCGCCGCGACUAUCGCGCACGGGGAGGCACUGCUUCAGGACCUCAGGUCAUCCGGGGAAACAGAGGCAGCUAGUACGGCGGCGGUGGAGUCGACUUUGGAAAGGCUACGAGGCACGCGUAGCGCUCUCGAAGAAUUGUGGUCUGACCGCGAGCGUCGCCUCGAGCUCACGCUACAGCUAAGACAUUUUGAAAGAGAUGCUCUCGAGGUGUCAUCGAGGCUCGAAUUGUGGGGUGAUGAGUUGCAGCGCACGGAACCGCCGAGAGACCCGCAGCAGGCCGAACAGGCGCUAGCUGCGCACAAUGAGAGUGUAGCCAGGAUGCAACAUGCCACCUUUCAGGUGGUGCAACAAGGACAAGAACUAGCCGCAGCUAUUGCCGAGGCCUCGGAUGUAAUGGCGUCGAGCUCGGAUAGUUCAGAGGGCGCCCCGAUGGAUGCACAGGCCCGAGUGCAGCUUCUUCUCGAAUUCUUACAUGAUAGACAGCUAGAUUUAGAAGAAUUAGCAGAGGAGAGGCGCGCACGUUUCGAACAAUGUGUCCAACUAGGUCAAUUUAAAAAAGAUGCCGCACAAGUCGUCAGUUGGAUCAGAAAUGGUGAAGCGAUGCUUUUAGCAUCAUUUUCUAUUCCGGGGACUCUAGCUGAGGCAGAGCAGUUAAAGCGAGAACAUGACCAGUUUCAAGUAGCGGUCGAAAAAACUCACGCUAGUGCUGUGCAAGUAAAAUAUAGGGCAGAUGCACUACGGGCAGCGAAUCAUUAUGAUCCUCAUACUAUAAGGGAAAUAUCAGAGGAAGUGACGGAGCGAUGGCAGAGGCUAGUGACGUGUGCCGAAGAGAGGCACAAACUAGUGACCGCUUCUCUCAAUUUCUACAAGACGGCAGAGCAAGUAUGCUCUGUACUGGACUCGCUGGAGCGCGAGUAUCGCCGUGACGAGGACUGGUGCGGCUCCACCGCUGCGGCCGCAGCCGCCGCCUCCGCCUCUAACUCUGGCCUCUCAGCCGUAUCCUUGUCCUCUAUUUCUCUUAACAGCGAUGGAGAUGAAGUGACUCAUUUACAGAAUUUAGACAAAGCGUCCCAGGUCGCCGCGCUAAUAGUCAAGCACGGUGAGCAGAAGGAAGCGUUCCUCAAGGCGUGCACGCUGGCCCGGCGCACCGCGGAGACGUUCCUCAAGUACGCGGCGCGCUCGGCGCAGGUGCACGGGCAGACCGCGGCCGCGAGCAAGGCGCACCACGAGCAGACACGCGCCAUACUCGACACACUCCUCGCGCAGGAAAACAAGGUUUUGGAACACUGGACCGUUCGUAAGAAGCGUCUCGAGCAGUGCCAGCAGUUCGCGUUGUUCGAGCGGUCGGCGCGCGCCGCCGUGGAGUGGAUCCGCGAGACGCAAGAGCGGUGCGGCGCGGCCGCGGCGGCGGCGGCGGGCGGGGUGGCGCGCGAGUCGCGCGAGCGCGUGCGCCUGCUGGCCCAGCUCGCGGACGGCCUGGUCGAGAAGGGUCACCCACACGCCGUGCAGAUCAAGGAGUGGGUGGCCGCUGUCGAUGCCAGAUAUGCAGAGUUCAGCGGUUCGAUGGAGGGUGGCGAGAGCGAGGCGGAGAGUGACUCCGGCGUGGCGGCUUCGCUCAGCUCCACGCAGACGAGCGAGGCGGAGCAGCGCGCCGAGCCGCCGCCCGCCGCCACCGCCGACGACAAGCGACGCAGUGCGCGCCGCAAGGAGUUUAUUAUGGCCGAGCUACUGCAGACGGAACGUGCUUAUGUCAAAGACCUGGAAACUUGCAUCACAUGCUAUCUACGCGAAAUGCGCACAGACCCCGCUUCGGUGCCAGCCGCCCUUCAAGGAAAGGAAGAGCUCAUAUUUGGCAACAUCGAAGAGAUCCACCGGUUCCACGAGCGCGUGUUCCUCCGCGAGCUGGACAAGUACGAGACGAUGCCCGAGGACGUCGGACAUUGCUUCGUGACGUGGGCGCGCGAGUUCGACAUGUACGUGUCGUACUGUCGCAACAAGCCCGACAGCAACGCGGCGGUCGUGCAGCACGCCGGAGACUACUUCGACAGGGUACAACGCAAGAAGAAACUGGAACAUCCUUUAGCGGCCUAUCUUAUAAAGCCAGUACAAAGGAUCACAAAAUAUCAACUUCUACUGAAAGAUUUACAAGCAUGUUGUGCUGAAGGACAAGGAGAAAUUAAGGACGGUUUGGAAGUUAUGCUGUCGGUACCGAAGAAGGCUAAUGAUGCUAUGCACUUGUCAAAUCUCGAAGGAUGUGACGUACCUAUUGACAGCCUAGGUGAAGUGGUGCUGCAGGACUCUUUCCAAGUGUGGGAUCUGCGACAAAUUAUCAAGAAAUGCCGAGAGAGACGAGUGUUCCUCUUUGAUCUUCACUUACUUCUUGCAAAAGAAGUUAAGGACACGCACGGCAAAGCUAAAUACAUUUUCAAGACUAAAUUUAUGACUUCCGAGUUGGGCGUCACUGAGCACAUCGAGGGCGAUGAGUGCAAAUUCUCCGUGUGGACCGGCCGCGAGCCCAUGGCUAGCGACUGUCGCAUCGUGCUCAAGGCGCCCUCUUUAGACGUUAAGCAGACGUGGGUACGGCGACUACGCGAAGUUAUACAGGAAACGUACUUCAGCGGCGCGCUUCAGCAGCCUCCCCGCAGCCCGGCGCGGGUCCGCCCCGCCAGCUCGCAGCGCUCUAGCCGAGAAUUGGAAGACACCGACACAGAUAAUCUUGAUCGGAACUCGUUGGCGUCUUUUGGAAGCGGUAACACCACCGACUCGGAUAAGGCGGCAGUGGAGAUGACAUGGGUGGUAGCAGAGCACACGGCUGGCGGCGCCGGCGAGGUAUCCGUGGCGAAGGGACAGCAGGUGGAAGUGCUGGAGGCGUGGAGUGCGCGCGCAGACUGGUGGCUGGUUCGCGUGCCCGGCGAGCCGCCGCAGGAGGGGGCCGUUCCUGCUGCCGUACUGAAACCACAACCACAACAGAAGACCUCCCCCUCGCGCCGCCCCCUCAGCCAACCAUCAGACGACACCAUAGAAGCGUCGUCCUCGGAACCCGGUGUAAGUGCUAACGCCGCCAGCCCCGGAAAACACAGAAAGGGAAUUAUUCCAAGGUGGAUACCGCGCCCGAGCAAAUCGCAGGCUAAAGGUGAAAAAACACCAUCAGGUGCCAAAUCUCCCGCCUCUGCCGACAAGCCUUCGUUGAAGAAAGUGCCCUCCGAGAAGAAGAUUAAGUUACCAUACACGGAAAAUGUGCGCGUCGAAGAAGGUGAGGGCGGAGCGACCGCUCUCGACGAUACGGAGGACGACGCGCCCGACCUCGAGCUGCCGCCGCCCAUGAAACCGAUACAGGACCCGCAAGCGGUGCUGCAGCAGGCACCCAUCCCCGCGACCGCGGCCACUGCGCCCGCCGCCAGGAACUCAUUGGCAAUGGACGGGCUGGAUUCUAACGGUGGUCCCGCUGAUAUCGCCGAAAUAGAACAAAUUGUCAAGGAAAAAAUGGAGCAGCACGGCGGCGGCGCGGCGGGCGCGGCGCGGGGCGCGGACGCGGCCGACGAGGACGCGGCCGGCGCGGAGGGCGUCGAGGCCACGCUCAAGAAGCGCGAGUACGUGCUCCGCGAGCUCUACGACACCGAGGAGAUCUACGUGUCCGACCUGCGGCUCGUCUGCGAGGGAUACAUGAAGCACAUGAUGGACCCAAAUAGCGAUCCUCCAGUACCCGAAAGUCUCCGCGAUCGCCGCCUUCGAAUGAUCUUUGGAAACAUACAAGCCAUCUACGAGUGGCAUCGCGAUAAAUUCGUGCGCGAGCUGGAGGGCUGUAUAGAGUCUCCUGAACUGCUCGGACCGCUGUUCCGUCGCUUCUUGGAGAAGAAGAUGUUCCUCUACGAGGCGUAUUGCCGCAACAAGCCGGUAUCCGAAUACAUCGUCUCCGAACACGAACACUACUUCCAGGAACUACGACACAAACUAGGUCACAAAUUACAGCUUGGCGACCUUCUGAUCAAGCCGAUCCAGCGCAUCCAAAAGUACCACCUGCUCGUGAAGAAGGUCCUCACGUACUCGGAGCAAGCCGGCGCUCCGCCCAACGUGAUCGAGUCCCUGCGCGACGCCGUGCAGUGCACUUCCAUCAUACCCAAGAACGCCAACGACAUGAUGGACGUCGGCCGUCUGCAGGGCUUCGCGGGUAACAUAGCGGCGCAAGGCAAGCUGCUGUUCCAAGAGCCACUGGUAGUGUCAGACGCAAAUUGCUCCAACGAUAAGGGAAAGGAACUACAUGUUUUCCUCUUUCAACAAUGCGUCAUUUUUACGGAACCCGUUGGCAAGAAAUCCCAGUUCACUAGUCCAACAUACAACUAUAAGGCUCAUGUUCAGGUAAACAAGAUGGACCUGGAGGUGAACGAUGGCACCAACUCGUUCACAAUCCACUCGGUGGACCCCAACAAGCCAAAGCAGUCGUUCCUGUGCCGCGCACCCGAGGCCCGGCGGCAGCUGUGGGUGUCCACGCUGUCUACCAUCCUGCAGUCGCAACUCAUCUUCGGCGACCGCCUCGAGAACCCCAGCGCCUUCCUUCGUGACGCCUCCUCCGUGGGUGAGGGUUGGUGCGGGCUCCGCAAGACAGAGAGCGUUCCGCCGUGUAUGGCCAGCCGCUUAGUGCCCGAGUUGCGCGGACGCACUCAGCGCCCGCACGCUAAGGCCAACACUAUCAACCUGCCUUCGAGCGCUCGUGACGACCACAAGAAAGUACCCAGUAACGCCCCGCUCACGCCCACUUCACCACAGCAUCAUAACGGGUUGUCGAAGCGCGCCUGGGGCCUGAAGCUGCGGCGCGGCGGAGGCGGUGGGGCAGCGGCGGGCGAGCCCAGCGACGGCGUGGUGACGGAGCUGCGCGCGCCCGAGCUGGCCGAGCCCGUGGCCGACGUGGCGGUCGCGGCCGGGGCCUCCGCCACGCUCGCCUGCCGCGCGCUUGCUACGCGCGCCUCCGCAUCCUGGAGGAAGACCGCUCCGGAAACCCACGCGCUGCGCCACGGCGGACGCUUCGCCAUUAAUUUCGGCACCGACGGCCUCGCCACUCUCACGAUUCACGCGUGUCGUGCGUCCGACGCCGGAGUCUACUGCUGUCUCAUCAGUAACGAACUCGGUGGUGUUCAGAGCUCGGCUCGACUGACGGUGGGCUCAGGUGGGGCGCCGGGCGUGCCCGCAGUUCGAGCCCAUCCGGGCGGUGGCCUCGUGAUACAGUGGGACGAGUCGGAAACGGUGCACUUAGAGUAUUGUCGCGUUGGGGAGGGAGAGUGGCGCCGAGCGACGGAUACUCCGGCAUCGGCGAACACAUUGGUACUGGAGGAGCUUCCAGCGGGACAGUAUAGUUUUCGUGUUGUGAGUGCUCGGAGCGGAGCGGCUGGCGCAGCUUCCGGGCCAGCGACGUGUGGCGGCGGCGGCGGCUGGCAGCGUGAACAAUUUGCCCGUCGCUAUACUCUGGAGGAGGAAAUUGGGCGCGGUCGGACUGCGCGCGUCCUCGCUGCUCGCGAUACUGGGACCGGACAACGAGUUGCAUUAAAACAAGUGGUGAGCGGUCGCGGGGCGGACGCGGUGCGCGAGUACCGCAUCCUGUCGAGCGGCGCUCACGGGGCGGUGGUGCGCGCGCUGGCGCUUUUCGCGGAGGUGCCGCGCGCCGGCGCGCACACGCUGGUGCUGGAGCUGGUGGGAGGCGGGCCGCUGCUGGACUGGGCGGCCUCCGCGCGCGACCUCUACACCGAGCGCACCGUCGCCGCCCACACACGCCAGCUGCUCUCCGCGCUCGACUGGCUGCACUCCAACAACGUCGCCCAUCUCGACGUCAGGCCCGAAAAUAUCUUGGUCGAACUGGGUGGAGCUCAGCCGCAACUGAAGCUGGUGGACUUGGGCUCGGCCGUAGAACUGGACGGCGCCGGCGGCAGCGCUGGCGCAGCGAGCGCCGCGGAGAGCGCGACCGUGUUGCCGCCCGCGCCCGCGCAGUUAGAGUUCGCGCCGCCCGAGUGCGUGCUGGGCCGCCCGCCCGCACCGGCCUGGGACGCCUGGGCCGCUGGCGUCUUCCUUUACGUAUUCUUAACAGGGCUUUCGCCAUUUUUGGACGAGUCUAUUGAAGAAACAACAGCAAAUAUCAUAAAGUGCGAUUACUGUUUCCCGCCGGAGCACUGGUCGGGUGUAGACGAACGCGCCCAGUCAUUAAUUCGUCGUCUCUUGGAGCCGACACCGGGCCGGCGUCUUGUGCUCCGAGAGGCUCUACGGGACUCCUGGUUCGAUGAGGCCGCCAACACUACGCUGUCUGCAGCGCAACUAAAAACAUUCUUGGAGAGACGGCGGCCCUCGGGGCUGGGCAACGCGCUGCACUCGCUUCGCUCGCCCAAUGACACCUGACGCGCGCUCGCCCAGACACCUUGACACGCAGCGACUCGUGCGGACCGCGCACUGAGACCGCCGGGAGCACACUGUACGCCCCGUCUCCUAGCAACGUCUAUAUAAUUCAUGAGAUUAUAAUUUGUAUAAUUUUUUAAAAACAAUUUCGUUUUUGCAGUAGUAAAAGAAA